GUUUCCCAAGGGAUUGUUUUUACUUAUGAGCGCAUGUUGCCUGUCAUUGGCAUCCGCUGGAUUUGGACUCAGUCUGGAAGGCAGUAGCGGUGGUUUCUCCGCUCAAGGAAGUCUGCCUGGCUUUAAUCUGGGCGGAGGAGGACAAAAUGGAUACAAUGGAGGAUCUAUCGGGACUGGAGGCAAUCCGAUUGGUCUGUCUGCCAGCGGAUAUUAUAACUCUGAAUCUUCAGGAUCGAUCCUGAAUGAGGCUGCGAAUGGUCUGCUAGGAGCUGCAGGAACUGGAGCCAGUGUUGUACUUUCCGCAGGAUCUAUUGCAGCAUCACAUGGAGCUCAAGCUGCUAAUGGAGUCCUGGAAGCUGCUGAAACUGGAGCUAACAUUAUACACUCUGCAGGAUCGACAGCUGCUUCUCUUGGAGCACAAGCUGUUAACGGAUUUUUAGGAGCUGCAGAAACCGGAGCCAAUAUUGUACACACUGCAGGAUCAAUAGCUACCUCUCAUGGAGAUCAAGCUGCUAAUGGAAUCUUGGGAGCUGCAGAAACAAUACCCAAUAUUUUUCUCUCCACAGGAUCGACAGUUGCCACCCGUGUAGGUCAGGCUACAGAUAAUGUGGCAUCUGAAAGUAGUGGAUCCGAAGGAUCAGUAUGCCUGGAAGCCGGUCAUUUAAGUAUCGAAACCAUGGGAAACACUGGUUCCGGAGGAUCCGAUGCUAAAGUGUCCAGCGUUGGUCUUGGAGGCACUACAGCAUCACUGGGAUCGAAUGGAGGUUCUAGCUCCCUUUCCCUUGGUGGCACUAGCUCAGGAGGAUAUAACCGGGGAAGCGUCAGUCUUGGUGGAAAUGGGGUUAGCCUAGGAGGCAGCCUGGGAGGAAAUUCUGGAAGCGCCGGACUUGGAUUUGGUGGCGGUCACCUUGGUGGAUCCAUUAACCGCGGAGCAGGACUUUUCCUUGGCUAGUUUAAGUUAUCUUUAAAUUUUAAAAGUAUUCCACUGUAUUGUAAGUAUUAUUAUACAAAACUUAGAAAUUAUCAAAACAGACCUUUAAAAGGUAAUACAUAUAUGUACAUUCAUGUUAGCUGUACGCCACCUAAGAGAUUUUAUCGAAGGUCUCCGUUUGUGAAUUAAUUAUAUCUCAUCAGAACUUAAACGAAGUGAAACUUAAUAUACAUUCUGCAGCACAACUAUAACGGGCAACGGAAAUGCUUGAUGAUGAUUAUUUAACUUAAUUCAGUUGUUCAAAGCGGAUAAACCCAGUCUUCAAUGUUUAUACUAGUGGAUUUAAUGUUUGCUUUAAUUUACUACUACUUUUAAAUACUACUUAAAUGUGCUUGAAUAAAGAGUAGUACUAAAAUUCUCAA